AGGUUCUGUAACUCAUUGUGCUGGAAUCUUAAGCUAAAUUCCACCGCCUCGAUAUAUACUUUAUACUUACGUUGUAUGGUAUAAAACUCAAUUUGAGGCGAGCUUUGCAGUGUACAGGACGCUUAUUCCGAGCUCGUCUAGCAGAGUCGCGUUUUUUUCCGUCCCUCGAAAAUUAACUGGACUUCAAUGGCGGAUGCUACGGAACCCACCGCCAGUGCGGAUACGGAGAGCAAAACGCCUGCCUCUGUCGUCGAGAGUACAGAGCUAGAAAACAAGCCACAAACGGCGGAAAUUACCAGUACUUCAAUGGUGGAUGCUGCAGAACCCACCGCCAGUGUGGAGACGGAGAGCAAACCACCUGCCUCUGCCGCCGAGAGUACAGAGCCAGAAAACAAGUCACAAACGGUGGAAAUAAAGCGAUGGGCUGAUGUAGUAGACGAUGAGGAGCAACCGAGCGGCACUGCCUCCUCAUCCGAGGAUAAAAUCGCUGAGGAACUCAAAGUGGAUAAAUUAACUAUUGAUGAUGCCCAAAAAAUCAACAAAUUCCUCGAUGACCCCGAAGAUUCUAGGAUCCAAGCUGUUACAUCUGGUGAUACCCCGUAUACUUCAGCAAGUACAUUUGAAGAUUUGAACCUGUCACCUGAGCUGCUGAAGGGAUUGUAUGUGGAGAUGAAAUUCCAGAAACCUAGCAAAAUCCAAGCUAUAAGUCUUCCGAUGAUUUUGACUCCUCCAUACAAAGAUUUGAUUGCUCAGGCACAUAAUGGUUCUGGUAAGACCACUUGUUUUGUGCUUGGCAUGUUGAGUCGCGUCGAUCCAAAUGUGAAAAGACCUCAGGCACUCUGCAUUUGUCCUACAAGAGAGUUAUCCAUUCAGAAUUUGGAGGUUCUUCAAAAGAUGGGAAAAUACACUGGAAUCAGUUCAGAAUGUGCGGUGCCAAUGGAGAGUGGAAACAGUGAUAGGUCUAGAAGUCGGCCACCAAUAUUUGCUCAAGUAGUUAUUGGCACCCCUGGUACAAUAAAGAGAUUAAUGUCGCAGAAGAAAUUAAGUGUUAUUGAUAUGAAAGUUCUUGUUUUUGAUGAGGCUGAUCACAUGCUUGCCAAGGAUGGUUUUCAAGAUGAUUCCUUGAGGAUAAUGAAGGAUAUUGAAAGACUCAAUGCUCGCUGCCAGAUUCUUCUGUUUUCUGCAACAUUUGAUGAGACUGUCAAGAAUUUUGUAUCAAGGAUUGUGAAGAAAGAUCACAAUCAACUCUUUGUGAAGAAAGAAGAACUAUCAUUAGAUUCUGUAAAGCAGUACAAGGUAUACUGUCCUGAUGAGAUGGUCAAAAUUCUAGUAAUUAAAGACAGAAUCCUUGAACUGGGAGAGAACCUGGGACAGACGAUUAUAUUUGUGAACACAAAACGGAGUGCGGGAAUGCUGCACAAGGCACUUGUGGACUUGGGUUAUGAAGUGACCACCAUUCAUGGUGCACUCACUCAUGAAGAUAGAGACAAAAUAGUCAAAGAGUUCAAAGAUGGGUUGACUCAAGUUCUGAUAUCAACUGAUCUUUUAGCCCGAGGCUUUGAUCAACAGCAGGUUAAUUUGGUUAUCAAUUAUGAUCUUCCAGUGAAGUACGAGACUCCAUCAGAGCCUCAUUAUGAGGUGUACCUGCAUAGGAUUGGUAGAGCAGGGCGUUUUGGCCGCAAAGGAGCUGUCUUCAACUUUGUGAUGAGUGAGAGGGACGCGAUGAUCAUGGAAAAAAUUGACAAGUAUUUUGGCACCCAAGUAAAAGCGGUGCCAUCCUGGAACAGUGAGGAGGAUUUUAAGAUAGCCCUGAAAGAAGCUGGAUUGCUGUAAUGUUAGCCACGUGUUAUCGUUGAGCUUGGUCACUACACACAGAGUCAUAGAUGUUGGAGUGGGAUAGUCUAUAGGAGUUGCAGAUUCUGGUAUAAUCUUAAUUUUCUAGAGUUGCAGUUUGUCUCGGAUGCCAGUUUGCUGUGCCUGAGUCGAUCAUUCUAUGACGUUGCCUUUUUUGUUUUGGAAAAUAGCUAUAUUGAUUAAAUUAUUUGUGUAUAAAAUUAUUAUUUAUUAAAAGCUUUCAAUGUAUCUUAUGUAUAAACAUAUAUUUAAUUUCCAAAAAAAGGUUGAUUAUAGAAGUGUUGAGCUGUGAGCAAUGAGCGUGGUCCAUGGUGGAUUUGGGUAGAGGUGGCAAAUGGUUCGGCACUCUCUCUGUCUCUCUCUAAGGUUGAGCCGAUUGUAUUAUUACGGGUGGUAGCUGAUUUAAUUUAUCCAUUGCAUUUUUAUUUAAAAAUAAAAUAAUAAUUUUCAU